ACAGCGCGCUGUUCUUGCGCAGACUGCGCUCCUCUGCUACCUGCUCGUCUCAUCGCUGUGCGCACGCUGUGCUGAAAGUUCACUCGCUCGCUGGCACUCACAAACUGGAACGGAAAAGUAAAGCAGACGACAUGGUGGAAUGACGAAAAGCUCUGUCCCCGCGUGCGACCACCCGACACCGAGAACACCGCGAGGAUGACGCCGCUUGUGGCGCCGCUCUGCCCGCGGAACGAGCGGCAGCGACCGGCCUGGCUGCUGCUGCUGACCGCGGUGCUGCUCAGCGUGUGCGCCACCUGUGCGGGACACCCAGCUGCCAAACACUGCCAACGUUUAGACUGUGUCAGCAAGGGACGGCACAUCUGUGAGCGUGGCUCCUCCCACUGUGGACCGUGCCUCUCCCCACUGGAAGAAAAUGAAGAAGGACGCUGUGUGAACAUGCUCAAGCACCGUCAGAACAGUUUGAAGAAUAAAGUGGUGUUCUACCCAGGAGUGGAUGAAGAGAUUGAUUAUCUGCACUCUGUUGUUGAAAAGCAGCAAAUAACACAGAAUAACCUCAGAAACAACCAUCCAAACGCCGAUGUUGUCUUCUCAACACCAGAUGUUAACAAACCCAAGCCAGGCCAUGCCCCCGUAAAGGAACAGCAGAUCAGAGUUCAAUUAGCUAAAGCUGUCCUCACCAAGGCUGGGACCCCCCACCAUGCAGCUUCUGCCAGUUUUAAACCGACUCCUCAACCCACAGUUUCUGCCCACCCUCAGGUGACCUCCCAGCCCAGGGUCACCAAUGUUAAUGGUCGACGUGGUCCCAUAGCUGUCAAAAGGCACAGGAACGAUGCAGUUAUUAUCAUCAUCAUCUCCCUGUGUGUGGUAGCUGGCACGGUAGCAGUCAUUGUGGCAACCGUCUGUUACAUCAGGACACAGAAAGAAUCACGCCUAGCUCAGAAGUUGGACUAUCCUACAUUCAGGGGUGUGAGCUUACCACCUACUGCUGCCAACGGUAUUUCGAUGGGAGACAAGGCGCUGGCUCACAACGCUCAAAUGUUUCACUAUCAGCAUCAAAAACAACAGAUGCUCUCAUUGGGAAAACACACACCUGAACAGAAAGUCCUGGACUCCGAGGCCACAUCAGAAGAGGAGGAAGUGGGCGGAGACUUCACGGUGUACGAGUGCCCUGGCCUCGCACCGACUGGAGAGAUGGAAGUAAAGAACCCGCUGUUCGAUGAGUCCAAUGAACAGUAUCAGCAGAAUCAAAAGUGAAACACACACGACACAUUUUGGUGGAAGGAACCAAUUCAUCCCGACACUGCAUGCGCAGAAACAGAGGAUUCAGGCAGAGGAUCGGUUAAUAAAAAGGACUUUUAGUGUUCACAUCCUCAUUACUGAUUUUAACCAUAAACACUUUAGAUCCUUUAUUUUUCAUUGUCUCAUUUUGUCACUUUAAGGUCUCCUCUCGCUUACCUUUGUUAUAUUUCUUUAUUUCUGCAGCUAUUUCCAAAGAAUGUGAUAAAAUAGCAGACACAGUUGUUAAACAGGUGUCCUCUCUUGUUUUGUCAUGCAUAACUAGUGACUAAACCACAUUCCUAACAGAUAACCUGCAGCCAGGAAAUGAUGUAAAAACUCAGUGACUCCGUCUCACAAGGUUUAGCGUCUGAAAUGUUACCGUCGGUGUUGGCACUUUUAUUCCUUGUACUAUAACCUGCACUUAAGAAGAAUUUAGAAAUAUAGACUAUAAAUAUGAGCUUAAAUGAAGUAUAUUUGAUUACGUCUGUUGCAUGGUUUUUCUGCACUGUGUUUGAAUCACAGCAAUGCUUUGAUAUUUAUUUUGACUCCUGUGUGGAUGCAUCAUAUUGCAUGAGGUAAAAGUGACUUAUAAGCCCUUUAAAGAACUUUUCAACAUAGGCUAUACAGAUGGAGAUACUCUGUAGGUGGCAAAUAUCAAAAUGUCAUACUAUCAUUUUCUCUUUUCUGGCCUAAGAUAACCUGGUGCUGCAAAAA